UCCCGCGUACCGCAUCGCCGAAUGAACCGCUCCGCUGCUCCUUGACACACGCACCACGCACCGGCGUACAGCGCAGCGACACGCCAGUCACAGGACUGUUACUCAUACUGGACCAGACGGCUGGACCUCCACAGCGACAGAAGAUGUCGUCCAAAUGGUGCACAAUAUCUGUGACAGCUUCUCUUACGCUGAUGGUUGCAAUGGUUUUGGCAAACGCCGAAUUACCGUUUCAGCAGAAGCAGACGCUGCAGCUGAAGAGCUUCUCGGAGUGUGAGGACCGCGGCACGGACGAGCUGCGCUUCGCCGUCACCCAGCACGACGGCCUCUUCUCGGGCAGCAUCAUCUUCAAGCGGCCGCUGGACAGCAAUGUGCAGGCGGUGACAGAGAUAUCGCGUUGGAUGGACCGCCCUAGUGAGUGGGGCCGCACGUUCCACAUCCACCGCAUCGCUGACGCGUGCCGCGGCUUCCUGGGGAUAGUCCCCAGCUUCGGACGGUCCAUAACCGAGUGCAUGGGCAUCGAAGAAGUCUGUCCGGUGCCUGCGGGCGUGUACACGCUGGACAACUGCGAGCUGAGCCUGAGCAACGUGACGCGCCGCUUGCCACCGGGGGAGUUCCGGCUGGCGGUCUCCCUGAAGAACGCCACCCACCUGCUGGGCCGCUUCAACAUCGUCGUCGAGGUGGACAACUCCAGGCCCGAGUAGCGAGGGCGUCGCCACCGCCGUGGGGCGCCUUGUCACACAGAGAGACGGGGCAGCAGGCGCAGCCUAGGUCUCGUCUGUAACACCGAAUGUCUCGAUAAAAAAAAAGAUAAAGCAGAAGUGCAUUACCG